GCUCUUCCAACCACUCCACUCCACUCCACCCCACCCCCACCCCAAGAUUCCAUACCUGUGUCUAUGCUGUUUUUUUUCUUGUAACAAAAAUCCUUAUCUCUCUCUGUUGUUCAAUCUUGAAUCUUGAUCCAACUCUAUUAUAAUUCUCCAAACCCAACAAAAUUUUGAAAGAACAACACAUUUUUUCCAUCAAAGGUACAGUCUUUUUUUUCAGUUUAAGCCAUGUACAACACUUGUGUAAGUUCAGCUCUUACACUAAAGUGUAAAGGGUCAUCUUCAUUUUCAUAUUAUGAUAACUCAUAUUGCUUAAAUGAUAGAUUUUUUAGGCACCCUUUUGCGUAUUCUUCCUCAUUAUCAUCAUGUUGUUCUUGUUGUUCAAAUAAUGCUAGUAGUAGUACUAUGUUGUAUAAAGUGCCAAUUUGCUCUAGUUCCUUGUAUGGUUUGAGACAAUCUAGUUUAAUUCAAUGUAAAAAACUGAUCUUUGGUGGUUUAGAUAGAAAUUAUAAUUCAAGAUUUCAUGCUUUUGAUGUUGGUAAAGAGUGUAGUUAUGAAAAAGUUUGUUCUUUUAAGGAAAAUGAGGGGGGUAGUAGAAGGGGGAGGAGGUAUAGGUGUUUGGUGUAUGAGGAAGGGGGUGAAGAGAGUGAUGUGUUUUCGGAGUUUGAUGAGGCGGAGGUUAUGCUUAGUUUGUUGAGUAAGGAUGUGGAUGAGGAGUUGUUUGGUGUGAAAGAGAGGAAUAGGAGGUCGUAUAAGAGGAUAGACGCGGAGAAGAGGAAAAACGGGGGUGGGAUGAAUUGUGUUGGUAAGAAGAAAAGGGAUGAAUCGGGUGAUAUGGGGAGUACGUUGAAGUAUACGUAUGAAUAUGAGGUGAUUCCGUCAAGAAAGGAGGAUAAGAGAAGGGAAGAAGAGAGGGCGUCGUUAUUAAGGAGAGGGAGUCGAAGGACAAACCGUAAGGAGGAAGAAAAAGUUUCGUUGUUGAGGGAGAGUCAUAGAAAUGGAGCAAGAGAAGAAGAGGAGGUGGAGACGUUAAGGAGAGAGAAUCGAGGAACAAGGCAUACAGAGGAAGAAAGAGCUUCCUUGUUGAGGGAAAAUCACGAUGAAAGGACAAGAGAAGAAGGGAGGGGAAGUUUUUCAAGAAGGGAGGAACACAGGCAGCGACUGAGGAAAGAUGGAUCCAGCUGUUCGUCGUACUAUUCUGCUUCUUCAACAAAUGACCUUGAUUAUGACAGUGAAACGCAGGUUGAGGAUGAACACUUUGAAGAAGAAUCGUCAGGGAAGCAUGGAGGAGAUUUAAGGAGUGAAAGCGUUGCAGUGGAGGAAAGAGAUCGGAAUUACACUGCUAAACAAGGGGUUAUAUCACGGAAGGAUGAUUCUGCAAUGGGAUUGUAUAGUGCGACGACUGGUGACUGGAGAAAGAAGUCAGAGAAGAGGCUUACUGACAUAUCAGUUGAGGAGAUUGCAUCAAGAAAGGAAUCAAUGCAGAGGCAAUCGAGGAUAUCUCAAAUUCAUGGAAGUAGUUCUGAACAUGUUUCUGGUUCCUCCACGAGAUAUGAUGAUGUAAAACAAGAAUCAGCUUCUAUUACAAAGUUCGAGGGGAAAACAGCUGGACAACAUGGGCAAGCAGCACAAUCUAAUACAAAUAUAAAGUAUAAACAAUUUGUUGAUACAUCUGAGAGUCAAGACCUUAGAUCUAAAACUGAUUAUAGCACAACAAAAUCUUAUCAUGAAACAAAAGAAACCUCCGAGGAGGCUCUGCGUCAAAUUCAGCAAGCUAGAGAAGAAUAUAGUAAGAAAAUCAGGAGCAUCAUAAGGGAAGAUGAAUAUAGGAGAAGAUCUCGUAGGCUCAAUCAAGAGUCUAAUAUCCAGAAAAAUGACAUUAGGACGGAAUCAGCCAUUCAGGGAGUCUCUGAUACUGAACUCAGGAAGAAGGUGUCAAACGAGCACCACCACUCUAGUCAGAUCACUGAGUUAGUUGAGUUGAGAGAAAAGGCUGAACAAUCAACUAAGGCGGACGAAAAAAGAACUCAUGGUUUACAUAGGAAAUCUGAGACAAGGAUGAAGAACCAGGAAGAUUAUGCUAACCUUCUCAACAAGUCAUCAGUAGAACUGAAAGAGCACUCCUCCCAAGCCAGAAUAAGAGAUGCCAGAAGCACAAAAUCAGUAAUGGAAUCACAUGAGAAGAAAACUCUAGUAGGUGCGUCGAGUACCUCAACUACUCAUUCUAGUGACACUAGCAGAGUUGAAGUAACACAGGCAAACGAAAGAGAGGUGAAAGCAUCUUCCCAAGUAUUAUCAGGACGCUCAUCAAUUAUUGAGUCACAGGCUGGGUUUUCAACUCAAGAAGUUUCUGAUUCAGGCUAUCAAAGGGGUUUUUCACUACAACACGAACUUACCGCAGAUAGACCUCCACAACCUCAGUGCAAAACACUCGGUGAAGCUAGAAGGGAUGAGGUUAUUGGUCUGUCUUCGGAUUUCACAUCCCAUGAAGAUGCAAUUGGUUCAGCUGCUCGAUUGCAGAAAUCCUCGACUCAGUAUGUUGACGAAUUUGUAGAGAAGGUCAAGCAUGAGAUUUCAAACUCUGAGAUUCUGAAGGAGGAAAAGACCUCUGAGACAAAGUUAAUUAGCGAGGGAGAGCAGCAUACUCAAAAAGUUGUAGGCCAACAUGGUUGUGGUGAUUCUCAAUCAAAUGAGCAUGAAACAAGGCAAUCCUCUUUGGUUUUAGGGGCUAAGGGACCUUCAGAUGAAAUGUGGGAUGUAACUGAGCCCUCUGUCCAGGAACCUAUUGAGACACAAGUAUCAGAGGAUUCAGACAAAGACAAAACAAUUAUUGUCCAGAGAAGUGGUAGGUCCUUGUGGAAUAUUAUUGGAGAUAUCGUUCAUUUGCGAUGGAGGUCUCGUUCUGAUCGCGAUACUUUGACCUCUAAAUCUGGUCGAAGGAGCUCAUCUAAUCGAUCCACAAGUAGCGAAACGUGGUUUUCUGGUCAUGAAGCCGAGGAUAAUAGUAAUGAGAGUGCCAAAAAAGUCAGAAGGUUGAGCCGAGAAUCUGCAUCUUUAGACUGGAAUCGGCAGAAAAUGGUUCGCUCUCAUAGUCCGGGAGAAACAUCCAGCUCAUCAAGCCCAAGGGAACAAAUGAACCUCACAUUAGUGGGAACAUCAUCUUCUCCAAUUAUUUUACAGAGCAGUUCACCAUCCAAUACUAUUCCAUUGCCUUCUUCUGAAGUCACUACUGGGGAAAACUUGCAAGGUAGCUCUAGUGCAAUUGUCCCAGAAGGGAGGCUUCCGAUUUCUUCAGUCCCAGUGAGAACCUCACCCAUUGUAGAAGAAAUAGCAGAAGUUGGCCAAGCUGUUCCAUCCAGCAGUAGCAAAGGGCAAGCAGUUUCCACUGUCUCCGGUGAGGUGUCGGGGUCUAAGGUUAAAGAUGCUGAAGUGAGACUUGGAAAGUUUCAAAGGUCUGAUCAAUUUGUAAAAGACAGGUUUGAUGAGUGGGAAGAAGCAUUCAAGCUUGAAAACGAUCAGCGGAAAAUUGAUGAAAUGUUUAUGAGGGAAGCACUAAGGGAAGCCAAAAAGGCUGCUGACAAUUGGGAAGUACCUGUUGGGGCUGUGCUGGUCCAUGAUGGAAGAAUAGUUGCUCGCGGAUGCAACCUUGUAGAAGAACUGCGCGACUCUACUGCUCAUGCAGAAAUGCUGUGCAUACGUGAGGCUUCAAGCACACUUCGGUCAUGGAGACUUUCGGAUACCACACUUUAUGUAACACUUGAGCCGUGUCCUAUGUGUGCUGGAGCAAUACUUCAAGCUAGAAUUGAUACUGUUGUAUGGGGAGCUCCGAAUAAGCUCCUAGGGGCUGAUGGCAGCUGGAUUAGGCUUUUCCCUGAUGGAGAUGGAGAAAGGAGCUUGGAACCAACAGAUAAGCCUCCUGCUCCAGUUCAUCCUUUCCACCCUAACAUAACAAUCCGGCGUGGAGUGUUGGCACCGGAUUGUGCAGAUGCUAUGCAGCAGUUCUUUCAACUAAGGCGGAAGAAGAAGGAAAAGAAGUCGGAAUCUCCACCACCACCUUCAUGUCUUCCCAUUUCAAGACACCAACCGAAAUUCCUCAGCAAGAUUCAUGACGCGUUUCAUAUGAUGUUCUGCCUGUGAUUCUUGUUUCUGGACUUCAUAUUUUCUGCAAAAUUGUAUUUUAUAACGUGGUAGCGGAUGCCUUGAGCAGGAAGGCGGUGAUUAUGGGUAGUUGAGCUAACUCUCUGACAUGCUCUUUUUCGCGGUAUCCUAUUAACAGCUGAUGUUCUUUUAACGUCUGAAGUAAUCUGCAAAUUUAUUGCCCUUCCA